CUCUGUCCUUCUCGCGGUUGCCUCUGGCUUUUUCCUUCCUCUCUUUUCUUCGCCUGUCUGCUUUCUUCGCGCUUCAAGGUGUCUCUGUCUCUCGGCUCAAAGAAAUAUUCGCGUUUUAUCCUGUGACAGAUGCCGGGGAGCCAUGCGCGCGCGCGCGUCUCGAACGGGAACUUCUUGUGUCGGUUUUUCUCUUUUCUCCUGGAGUUUUUCAACUGACUUGUCAACUAGGGAUGCAUACACACUCAUUAGUAGCUUUCUUGGCUCUUCUGCCUCACUUGUCGAGGAACGCCAUGCAGCAGCUCUCCCCGUCUCGCCGUAUACCUGCGUCUCCACCUCGAAUUAUGCGCGUUUCCUUUCUGCUGGCGCUGUUGUCUCUUCUCUGUGUUUCGUCCUCGACGGCUGCCGCCUCUCCUUCUCCUUCCUCUUCGACUUGCCUUUGUGCUUCUCCUUCUCUGCGGUGUCUACCCGACCUGAGUUAACGAGGCGUUCGGUUACAGCUUGCACAGCUGCAUGCAAGAGCAGAGCGCUAUAGUCGAUGGCCUCAAGUUCACCAUGUGCAGCCCCAGGAGCAGCGCAUGAACGAUUGAGAGACAGGGUGGAGAAGAAGAAACCUUGCUUGUGUGUAUGUGAGUCAAGCCUGGUUUCUCGGGCCAUCUCAAGACCUCUUCUCUUUCGAGGAUUCUCGCCUUUGCCCAGUCGUCUCUGCAGACAACCUCUCCGCGCCCGGCUCUCGUCGCGUCUCCUUGUCUCCCCAUCUCCAGAGAUGAAGACUGAGAGAGCGUCAAGGCGAAAGGUCUGUCUUUCUCAUUACGCAGAAGCGCCUGGGGACAGAGAAGGAGACGGCGAAGAACCGACGCAAGGAAAGAAGGAACCAGUCGCUUCCUCAUCAUUCAGAGAAUGUGAACGGACAAGCAGACACAACCGAGAGAGUAGGAGCAGGCAGAGGACCUCCCCGUCUGCGGCUGUGAAGUGCCAGGACACAGACAACCGAGAUAAAACUCGCUUCUCUCUCAGAUACGUCAAUGCACAGACAGAGCCUCGAGGAAGCGAGGAAGAUCUCGAAGAAGAAUGGGUCUUCACCUCGUUUGUGCUUCAGAGGCUCUCAGAAGUCUACGCGGCAGCGCGCAAUGAAGGAUGGAGAGCGACGGAUGAUGAUAACGCAGCCAUUCCCGCGUACGGCUUCUCGGAAGGCAGGCGUCGAGCGACUCAGGAAGACGAGGAAGAAAAGGACGAAGAGCCAGAGAUCCCGGAAGAAGAGGGAGGGACCGCAGAAGGUGAGGACGAAGAGCCCGGGGGCAACGACGAAGACCAAUGUGGACUUGUGCGUCGCUUCUGUUCCUUCGAAAGCAGCAAGCUGUCAUGCCUUCUUGACCUCGCGCUGGGAUAUGCCUACAGCAGUAGUCUUUUGAUGUAUUCUCCCUCUUCUUCUUCCGAAUCACCCUGGACGGGCAGGCGACCUUCUGCGUUUCGUCGCUCGCCUUCUGCCUCUUUCGCGAAAGGAGACGUCGCUUCUCUGAGCCUCCCUGUGCUCCCGCACUGCGCGCCCUUCACCCUGCUGCCUUCUCCCUUUCCUCUCCAUCUCUUCGUCAAAGUCUGUCACUUGACCAAGGCGUUCAACCGGAUAGUCGACCGCCUCACCUGCGUACCGAGGCUGCUUCUCUUUCUCCUCGCUGAGACGAUCAAAGUCGACAGCUUCACCCGCAAUUUGUGUGCCAUUGCAGAGCGCGUCUACGUCCAACCGCAGAGCCAAGCGGUCCUCGACUGCAUGCAUGCGGAGCAGCAGUCGCGAGCAUCGCGAGCUCCAACGCCGCAGCGAGGCCGCGCUUCGCCCGGUUGUGGCGAGGCUGGAAGUCACGGAGCCGAGGACGAAGCGACGGCGAGAAACGGCGAGGCGCGGGGAGACUUCGCUCUCAAGCCUGGGGAAAGGCGCAGAGAGAACGGAGCGCAGGAGACCGAGAAGAGAGGCCCAGCACCCCCGAAACGAGAUAUUGGCAGAGACAUUCGCCUUCACAUUCUCCGCAGCGACUACAUGCUCGACCGACCAACAGUAGAAGAAGACGGAGACCGAGAAGACGAGGAAGGAGACCGAGAAGACGAGGAAGGAGACCGAGAAGACGAGGAAGGAAACAAAGAAGAAGGAGAGAGAGCAAGAAAGAAUACAGAGUUUGCCUGGCAGAGCAACGGAGGACGCGUCCGUGGACGGAGAGGAGACACUCGUAAUCCGCCUCCCCGGGCACCUGCGGGCAGGAGACUGGAGAGGGAAGAAACUUUGGGGUCGCGACAAAAGAGCGAAAGACGCAAGAGGGAGUUGUCGAUCAAGCAGGUGGAGAUAAACACCAUCGCGGCCUCUUUCGCUGGUCUCGCCUCCAAAGUUUCGUCGCUGCACCAGGUCCUUGUUCUUGCUGCGGCAUCCCUCCCUCCUUCUUCUUCUUCUUCUUCCAGGUUUCCUUCCUCGUCUCCGUGCAGAGACCAUCUGAUCCCCUUCUCUCCACACCCUGUUUCCGAGGUUAGGACCCCAGCGUCUCUUCGUCCUGCAGAACGCGGAUCUCAGAGAAAGGCUUUGCCGGGAGUCGCCGAGGUCCGGAGACUCGUUGCUUCGCACCUGUGUCUGGACAACCAUCCCGUCGAGCAACUGGCCGCUGGAUUGGCUGAAGCUCACUUCGCCUAUCUCCGUCGGACUCUGGGGGAGGAGAAAGGAGCGGGCGUCUCCAGAGAGAGAGUCGCGAAAGAGGCGCCUCUGUGGCAUCCACGCAGGGCGGCGCUCGCCUCGCCGUUCGGGCACCCUGUGUUCCUGUUGUGUGUGAUUCUGGGAGAGGAAGGAAACGAAGUUGACCAGCGGCUGCUGCAGGCGGAGCUCAUGAGCAAGUUCGGCGUCUACAUGCUUUCCGUCUCCAUCGCGGACUUGCUGCGCUCGUGGAAGGACGGAGACGUCGUGAUUUUGGGGCAACAACGGAGACAGGACGAAGGUGCACAGACAGAGGCAGCGCCGGGGACGGUGGACGGCGCGGUCGGGUCAGCGACGCGACCGGCAUCGAGGGAGACGCAGGGAGCGAAGGAGAGGUUCUUCGACUUCUCAUCGGGGCCGGAGGUGCCUGCGGGGCGUCUGCUGCUUCUCUCCUCUUCCCGAGAGAACGCGUUCGAACGCGGUCUCCAAACGACGAAGGCGCCCGCGCGCAAAGAGCCUCGCGUUCACCCAAGGACGACGAGAAAGCGUCGAUUCAGAGACUCCACGCCUCGCGAAGUGGAGACCGAAGAGAGCGAAGGUGCGGCCGAGGGAGCAGCUGAUGAGCCAGCAGCGGGAGGCCGAGCACGAGGCGCAUGCGAGCCUGUGGAGGCGGAGGCGAGAGAUGGGGAAAGGGACAGGCGCACGGGAUCGAGGUCCCAAACGGAGGAAGAGAGACGGCCUCCAGUUUGCCCAUUCUGCCGCGCGUGCCAGUCGCGAAUCUACGCAGAAAUAUCCGUCAUUUACUAUCGGAGUAUGUAUAGUCCUAACCACUACGAGGACGCCGGCGUGUGGGGACUGAGGGAGUUUCUCGAAGCGUCCGACGCAGUGAAGGUGCCAACGGUCUUGGCGCAGCUUGCAGGAACCAAGACGGUUCAACAACGCUUCAGCGACAUGCAUGCGCCCCUCCACUUUGUUCCUGCUUCGCUUCUUCCUCCCGCGGAUUCGGAACUGCACAUGAAGAGGAAAGACGAACCACAGAGUCGCGAUGCAGGCGGCGGAGACUGGGAGAGUGAGGAGGCGAAGAACGGCCGUCUGUGGCUUCUUCGGUACCUCGUACCAGACGACCGCACUCGGCAAGAGAUGCAACAAGUCUUUCAACUUCAGGUCGAUCCGUGCGAAGCCUGGCCUUCGAGUCACGCUUCUUGCCCCGCUUCCCUCGCUUCGUCUGCAACUCCCGGUGCUUCAUCCACGCCGCCGCUCUCUUCCUCGGCAUCUCCCCCUUUCUCCCCAUUUCGAACUUGUUCUGUUUCCAGCGCCUGCGCUCUCCCUUUCUCGGCGGCUACGUCCGGCGAGUCUGUCGCGGUGUUGCGUUCCUCAGCCCCUUCGCGUGCUCUCGCACAUCGUCGGCGUUUGUCCAGAAGAGCUCUCGCCGCCGCUCUUAGUCUCCGAGGUAGCCGCGACUUUCUGCUCAAACCGCAGCGAGAAGGAGGCGGGAACAAUCUGCAUGGCGAGGAGAUGCAGCAGCUGCUCAGGAGCGGCAGCGAAGAAAACCUCCGCCACUUCGUUUUGAUGAAGAAGAUGCAGCCUCCCUCCGUCACCGCUAUCUUCGUUCGCGCCGAAGUCGACGCGAGAGGAGGACGUAGAGAGCUUAAAACGAAGGCGAAACAAGAAACGCAGGAGACGGAGACAGGAGAGGUCCCUGGUGGCAUUUCGAAAGGGAAGGACAGUUUUGAGAGCGAGCCUCGGGCGCUCGAAGGCGAACGAAACAACGGCGGUGGACGGCUGGUGUGUACCUUUCAAAGGGGCAUCCAGGAACUCGGAUUAUUCGGCGUUAUGCUCGUGACAGGCUGGCCAUCCUUCGGAUCUUCCGAUGGAAUGGACAAGGAAAACAACGAGGAUUCUGAGGCUCACGGGUCGUCCCUCUAUCCCUCACAAACCUCUCACACGUCUACCGCUGUAGCUUGUUUUCCUUCUCUUUCCUCUUCGUCUCCUUCUUCCCCUUCGACGUAUCCUGCUUUUCUCUCUUCUUCCUCUCCUUCCUCCGUUUCCUCUCGGGGAGACUUGUCUCCUUCGUCGUCGCCAGAGACUGUGCCUGCGUCUCGUGGAUCGCGCGCCGUCUUGGGUGAAGCGUCUCCGGCGUCCUAUGUCGAAUUUGUGAACUGCUUGGCCGGGUGGAUGAUUCGAACGAAGAGCAAGAAGAGCGAAGAGGGAGGCGUAGCCGCAGGCUUUGGGGUCCUCGACUCGCCUCUUCUUCUUCCCGAGGCGUUCGCAGAACAGGCGCGACGCGGCAGUGUAUAAAAGGAACAACCGAUUUGCCUCUCGCGUUCCCCUUCCUGCUUGUUUGAAAAAUGCGACAGUGCAGAGAUAGACAGGCCUACUCCUGAUCGAUCUCCAGUCUGCA